CGCGGGGCACACAUAGCCCCGUGUGCAGGGCAGGGCUGGCCCAGGCCGCUCACACUGUCAUCCCUGCAGGUCCAGCACCGCCCCACCAGCAUCGAGUGGGAUGGCUGCGAUCCCCAGAAGCUCUACACCCUGGUUCUCACAGACCCAGAUGCUCCCAGUAGGAAGGACCCGAAGUUCAGGGAAUGGCAUCACUUCCUGGUAACCAACAUGAAAGGCAACGAUGUGAGCAGUGGGACUGUGCUGUCGGAUUACGUGGGCUCUGGGCCUCCCAAGGGAACAGGGCUGCACCGCUACGUGUGGCUGGUGUACGAGCAGCCGAAGCAGCUGUCCUGCAAUGAGCCUGUACUGUCCAACCGCUCCGGGGACAAGCGAGGGAAGUUCAAGGUGGCUGCUUUCCGCAGCAAGUACGGGCUGGGGGGGCCUGUGGCAGGCACCUGCUACCAGGCAGAGUGGGAUGACUACGUGCCCAAGCUCUACGAGCAGCUGUCGGGGAAGUAG